CGAUCACUCUCUCCUCCCGACAUCAGUCGCUACCAACCCCCCCAGCGAUCACUCUCUCCUCCCGACAUCAGUUGCUAGCAAUUCUCUCCCUCCCAGCACUCUCUCUCCACCCACUGCGUCCCAAACACCUUACACUCCAGCAUGGAGUAGACAGACUCAUCCUGUCACUGUCACCCCAUUCACCAGUGCAGUAGGUCCUACGUUUGAUGUCCCAGAGUCUCCCUCCUCUGUGUUUCUUCAUUUCUGGCCUGACAACUUUCUGCAAGAGAUCUGUGCAGAAACAAACCUCUACGCACAACAGGUAAUGGGGCCAGCGAAGUACGCAGAUUGGGUGGAGGUGAGUGUGCCAGAGUUGAAAGCCUAUUUGGGGUUUUCCAUACUCAUGGGGAUUGUGAAGCUCCCAGCUCUGGAGGACUACUGGAAGGUUGACCCCUUUCUACACUUCCCCCCCAUCGCCAGUCGCAUUUCAAGACAGCGUUUCAGGGACAUCUCCCGCUACCUCCACUUUGUGGACAACACCCAGCUAGUGUCUCGUGGUCAGCCUGGCUAUGACAAACUGGGGAAGGUGCGACCGGUCAUUGACCACUGCAGUAGUGUGUUCAGGGAUAGUUACAACCCACACUGUGAAUGCGCGGCUGAUGAGGCAAUGAUCAAAUGCCAGAGCAGGACAUCCCUCAAACAGUACUACCACAGAAACCGGUAAAGAGAGGGAUAAAAGUGUGGGUCAGGGCUGACAGCCACAAUGGCUACUUCAGCCAGUUUGAGGUGUACCAGGGGAAGGGGAGCAACACGACACCUGAGCUUGGUCUUGGGGGGUCUGUGGUGAAGACCUUGACACGGCCUCUUGUGGGAAAACAGCACCAUAUCUUUAUGGACAACUUUUUCACGAGCCCAGCACUGUUCAUGGACCUGCUUCAGGAUGGCAUCUACGCCUGUGGAACAGUCAGAUCGAACAGGAGAGGUUUUCCACAAGAUCUGAAGGGGAAACGAAUCUUGAAGAACAGGGGGGAUUUCACAGUUCGACAAUCUGGUCAGUUGACGGCAACAGUCUGGUUGGACAACAAGCAGGUGCAAGUGAUGGCGACCAAUGUCCAGCCAGAUGAGAGAGGGACUGUCAGACGCAGGCACACUGACACCACUGUGCGUGAGGUCCAGGCACCGACAGCAAUAAUUAGCUACAACAAGUGGAUGGGAGGAGUGGACAGGGGUGAUCAGCUACGGCAAUAUUACCACCUACGUCUAAAGAGCCGGAAAGUGUACAAGUACAUUUUCUGGUUUCUUGUAGACGCCUCCAUCGCCAACGCGUUCAUCCUCCACCAGUACAACACCUCCACAUCCACCAGACCGUCACCGUUCAAAGCCUUUCGUCUCGAGUUGGCGAAAGGCUUGAUAGGGAAUUACAACAGCAGGAAGCGUGCAGCACCAACAGCAGCUCCAGUUGUCCCCUGACCCCGACGACCAACAUCACUAGCCCACUUCCCAUUGCGGCGACCAACAGGCAGCAAGAAGGGCAUUGCUCGUUGUUGGCACUGCUCCCACACACGUCGGCCGCCACUGAGGAGAGAGACAAUGUGGUACUGUGGAGAGUGCGACUUGUACCUCUGCCACACAGGAGUCAGAGAGACUGACUGCUUCAUGGCACACCAUGAAGCACUACUGCACAGACCCACACACUAGUGUGCUAAACUGCACAUAUCGCUAAAAGUACACGUAAAGUGGCA